AUCAACAAAAAUGAUUAAAAAUGAAUCGAAUUUUGAUUAGUGCACUUCUUGUUGUUGGCUUCAUUGCUGAUAGCCAAGCGUUUAGAGAGUUCAGCUGUGAAUUUAAAAGUGAUGGCAUAUUCGAAGCGAAAGUGGAACAAAGCCUAUUACGACUAGAAGAGAUGCCGCAUACAUACUUCGAUGACUGUGACGAUGCACUCAAUAAGGGAUUUAACAAAACUGGAGUCUAUCGCAUUAAACCCAAAGCGUCUUUCAGACCGUUUAAAGUUUGGUGUGACAUGGAAUCAGACGGUGGUGGAUGGAUUAAUAUCCAAACAAGAUUUGAUGGGCUUGUUGAUUUCUAUCGAACUUGGCAGGAGUACCGAAACGGAUUUGGUAGUGUAGAUAGUGAACAUUGGCUUGGUAAUAAUUACAUUCAUCAGAUUACGCGAAAUAACGACUUCGAACUGAAAAUUGAGCUGACCGGCUUCGAUGAAGACGAGUUUGCUACAGCCAAAUAUUCACCGUUUCAAAUCGGCACUGAAGAUGACAAAUACAGACUGAAUAUUGGCAACUUUACCGGUGAUGGAGUGAUCACUGACUCUUUGUCAGGUCAUAAUGGUUUCAUGUUCACAACGAAAGACAAUGACAAUGACAUUUGGCCGAACAAUUGUGCCGAUCUUGCACAAGGUGCUUGGUGGUAUCAUAGGUGUUAUUCAUCAAAUCUAAAUGGUCUUUGGAUGAGUGAAGAAAGGUCGAAGGCAGUUAGAGGACCGCAGUCAAAUGAAAAUGUGGUUGGAAAAAUUUGGAGUGGUGCGUUUAAUGUUGGGUUUUAUAGUUUGAAAAGUGUUGAAAUGAAAGUGAGAAGAAUACGAUCGUGAGAAAAGAAAUAUUAUGAUCUCAAGCAUACAAUAAACAAUUAAAUUCCAUUCAAACAUUCUUUGUUUCAUUGUCGAAGUAGUCAUUUAGUUAUUUAAACAACCGAGUGAUAAAUGCUUUUUUAGGCACUAGAUGUGAAGAUUGUCACUCGAGGCCGUAGGCCGAGUGUGACAAUACACAUCGUGAAACACGGAAUGUUUGAAUGGAAUUAUUAAUCAGCCCAAGCAGCUGAACAAAGUUCGACAAAAAUGUUAUGAUUUUCAGCGGUAUCCUUUGGUGCAACAGAUUCCAUGGCACCCGCGGACACAAAGUGUGUAGUGGAAAAAUAAUUAAGAUUGCAACCACAAUCAUUUUUCCACGUCGCCCUUUGUGUCCUUAAGUGCAAUGUAUUCCGUUGCACCAAAGUAUUCAGCGAAAAAUCAAAAAAGGGACUCCGAUCUGACCAAUAAUAUCCAAAAAUUUCGCAUACAUCGCAAAUGUUUACAAUGCGUGUAAGGCACCUUAACCUGGCGUUAAAAGAGCAUUCCAACGUUAAUUAAAUUCCAAUCAAACGCGCCGUGGAUACGCCACGUUGAUAAUGUCACUAUAAAGUUUCAAUAAAUGAAUAGAGAAAUCCAUUGUUAAACCCAAAACAAA